AUGACUUCCCCUUACCAGUGCCUUGUCGCGCGCGAGUCAACAGAGACUGGACCGGGCGGAUGGACGCUUUUUGGCGCCUGCGGUUCCACGCUCGUUGCACAGUCUAGCAGUGGAGGCACCUCUGCUUGGACGAAGCCAGAUGACCCUGUGACAGAAACCCAACCUCAAGAUGAAGAAACAGAAGGACCACCAGAGAAGAAAGUAAAGUUGUCGCAACCACCAAAACAGCAAAAGGCAAAUUUCUCCAACUUGAUCGUCUCAAGCGAUGGGCGAUACUUGGUCGGUGUCACCGGCGAGGACAAGUGCAUCCGUGUCUUCGAGACCGACAUUACAAACCAGUUACGGCAACUCAGCGAGAGAUGCAUGACAAGAAGGCCUUGCUCGAUCGCCUUAACAUCAGACGACUCGACAAUAUUGUGUGCAGACAAGUUUGGAGAUGUCUACUCCCUGCCUCUGCUUCCCUCACCAGACUACCAAGCACCUGAAGCCCCAGCACCAGAGCCAACCAAGGAAGCCGAAUGGGUGCCCUCCGCAACUGUUCUCACCGUCCACUCUGGCAGGAAUCGUAAAACUCUGGAAGACCAGCUGAAGCAGAAGAAGAAGGGACCUGCGCCCCCGAAGGACGACAUGAAAUUCGAACACCAACUCCUUCUCGGCCACGUCUCCAUGCUUACAGAUAUCGUCAACGCUGAGGUGGACACCCGCAGAUACAUCAUUACAGCAGACCGAGAUGAGCACAUUCGCGUUUCUCGGGGGAUACCGCAAGCCCACAUCAUCGAAGGAUUUUGCUUUGGUCACGAGGCCUUCAUCAGUAGACUGUGUCUCACCCAGUCCGGUCGGCUUGUGUCUGGUGGUGGGGAUGCAGAUCUGUAUGUUUGGGACUGGCAAAACUUCAAGCUUCUUGAGAAGCUGCCACUUCUUGACGCCGUUGCGGACCAUCUCAAGUCUCGCUCUGAACUCGCAGUGGGGGAGAUCUCGAAGGUAGCAGUGUCCGGUAUCUGGAGUGUGGCAUAUCAGGACGAGAUACUUGUGGCGUGUGAGGGUGUCCCAGCUCUGUUCUCGUUCAAGGUGGGCGCAACGACAAAUUCUGGCAGCGCAUCCACAGAGUUCAGCAGCGCAAUAGCGCUCAAAGGCAAUGCGCUCGAUGUUGCCUUCCUGCCGAUAUCUCCAACAUCGUCAGUGGUGGUUGUCUCUAUCGAUCAUGUGCACAAGCCAGGUUCCACCAAGGAAGCCCGCGAAGACAAGGACGUAUCUCGUCUACAGUGCUUCUCUGCCGAAGAGAACGGCAAAUGGCAGGAGGACUCUCACACAUCGGAGGCGUUAAAGUCGUUUCACGACCAAGUAUUCGACGUCGAGGCUGGCGCAAUCGGCGGCGAUGAUUCGGCGACCGGCAACGGAAAGGGUCUGGGGUCGGCAGAUGAUAAAGCACUGCGAGACAUGCUCUACAAUGUGGAGAACCUCAGGAAGCGUCCAGGCGCUGAGGAUUAG